CCUCUACCGGCGGCCUCCCUCCCUCUCUCCCUCGCAUACUGGUCACCCCUCUCGUCCCAGUGGACUCGCCCGGUGCCUCGGGCAGUAUCUGUGACACGACCUCGGGUGAGCGGCCGGGAAGCAAUACAGUUUUGAACGGGACGCCGUGCUGUCUACUUCAAUGGCGACGAGGCGGUGAACGUGUGCGCCGCGCGGUGAUUAGUGGCAAGGGAAGCAGUGAUGGCGUCAGUGAGCCGGGCGCCCGAGUUUGAUGCGGCAGUGGAGUCGUUCGGCGCGUACAGCAGGCGUCUCGAACAGCACUUUGUCGCCAACAGCGUCGGUGAAGAUGAAGUCGAGAAGCGCCGCGCCAUACUGCUGAGCGCGGUUGGCGCCAGCACCUUCAGCCUCCUGGAGGACCUCAUAGCCCCAGCCGCAGUGGGAGACAAAACGUUCAAGGAGCUUGUGAAGAUAUUGGUCGACCACUUUGAACCGCAACAAUCUGCAAUUGUCUCCAGAUUUCGGUUUCACUCCUGCACUCGCGAUGCUGGAGAGUCAGUGUCGUCGUUUUCGGCGAGGCUCCGCAAGCUUGCGAAGCCCUGCAAGUUUCAGCCAGGCCAGCUGGACGAGAUGCUUCGUGACCGACUGGUUUGCGGUAUUCAGCAUGAGCGGCUGCAAUCACGUCUGCUGAGCGAGCCGCGGCUGACUCUGGACACGGCUCUGGAGAUCGCUCAGGCCCACGAGUCGGCAGCAGCCAGUGCAGCCGAGCUCAGCGGCCGCUCCGAGUCGUCUGCCGUCAUCGGACGAGUCGAUGGGACACCACGGAGGAUGGUGAACGACAGCCGACCAGCCCUGGUGAACGACAGCCGACCAGCCCUGGUGAACGACAGCCGGCGAGCACUGGUGAACGACAGCCGGCGAGCACUGGUGAACGACAAUCGGCGUCCCCUGGACACCGGCGGGGCUGCCUCCCGCGCUCCGCCGGCGCGGGGUGCCUGCAGCCGCUGUCUCAGCCGACGGCACGUCCCGGCGGCCUGCCCCUUCCGCUCGCAGAACUGUUAUGCGUGCGGAGCCGUGGGCCACACCAGAGCGGCCUGCCGGAGCCGCGCCGAGUCUCAGCGUGUCCGGCUGCUGGAGGAGGAGGAGCAGCCGGAGCCGUCCGUGACGCCUGGGACUUCUCAGAGUGGCGCGGCGCCCCACAAUGACGCGAUGGUUUGGGGUGCUAUCGUGGCGCUGAGGUGACCAUUUCGGUGGAUCCCGAUGUGAAGCCGAGAUUCUUCAAAGCUCGCACAGUCCCACUGGCAUUCCGCGAGCAGGUGGAUGCCGAGCUGGAGAAACAGAUCCAGCAAGGACUGUGGGAGC